AUGCCGGAUCUGAGCAAUCUGCUCGUCCCGCAGCCGUCCCCUUCCACGCACUUCUCGCAGGCAUGUCCCAUGGGCCGGCAGGGUCUCCAAUCCUGCAGUUCGUCGGCAUCUUCGCCGCGGUGCGAGUCACCGGGAGAGGUGCUAGAUGGUCCCUGCUGCAAAUGGAACCACCGUUUGCGACUACCGAUCUCGUCACGGGCAGUGACGUGUUCCGGGACGAGUGAGAACUCGGGGGUCGUGGUCUUGAAACGUGAGCGGAGAGGGGGCAAGAAGUUGGUCAAGUCUUUAGAAGAUCAUGUCAACGACUGGGUCGAGAGGAAGGUGGAAUCUGGCAAGCGUCCGAUAGAGUGCUCUUUGCCAUUCCUAACAGACUCACCGAAGAUGGUACUUUCCAUCUCAUUCUGGUGUUCCAUUUUUGAUUUUUUCCUCUUUACUCUUUUGAGACGCUAGCGCGCUCUCUCUCUCUCUCUAGAUUUUUUUUAUGCUUCAAGCAUUUGGUGUUCUCAUGUAGAUAGUAAGAUCAGUUCCACAAUUUCUUUGAUGAACCAAAAAAUUAUGGAGAAGAAAAUUCACGUGCCUUCAUGUCUCCUACUAAGAAGGAAAAGUGAACGUGAGGAGCUCAGAGGAGGGAAAAAUUAUACUAAACGCCCAAAAUACUCUACCCUAUCCUUUACAUAGACGCUGAACGAUCUUUUUGUCUUCUUCAUUUUUCAUGAAAAGCUUGGGGGUUAUGAGAAAGUUGUUGAAGAGAGAGCAUCUGUAUCUGAGCGGGAAUGGGAAAAUGUAGCUCCUACUCUCGAAACAGUUACAAAAGUAUGCUUACAUUCGCAUAUGCCAGAUGAACACCUCCCGCUGAAAAUAUCAUAAUUUCAAGUCUGAGUUUGUUUAUCUCCAUGAGAUGCGAAGGUAUUCCAUGGAAAGAGCUUUUCAAAAGAAUCUACUGUGCAUAUUGUGCUUUUUUAAUCUCGUUAAACAGUGAAACAACAGUUGAGGAUUUCUCUAAGCUCUACAAAUCAACUGAAAGUGGAAGGGAGACUACGUAGACUACGUGGAUGCUACAAUCUGUGUUCUUUUCCAUGUCAACCAUUGUUUUCCAGUGCAAAUGAGAAGAAGAUGCCGAAUUUUUUGAACAUGAAUGUGCUAUAGAAUGGUAGUUUCAAUUAAGGUGCAUUAUUUAUGCUGUACACAGUCAAAUCUACGAUGACAGAUACAGAAAUUUGCAAAAUCUCAUCGUCAACUUUUUCUAGGAAUAAUCCUAUUUAUCUAGAAAUUCAUCAUGCUCCAAGAGAUAAAAUUAUUAGGGAAAGGUUGUUGGAUUAGUAAAUGCGCUGCAGUCCCGCACAAGUCUAGCUUCUGUUUGUUUUCUGGUGCAAUAGCUCAUGCAAAAUGCUCAUUACGAUUAGAGCAAUAGCAUUUCAAAUAUCAAUGUGUACUUUGGGUUUUCCGUUUCUCACCUGGUGAUCUCUAUUUUCAGGUUGACUGCCGGUUAUGCAAUAGAUCUAUCUAUCCUGGUGAUGAAAUUGUGUGCUCCAUCCAUGGCUGUGAAGAAGCGUACCACAUAACCUGUGUAACACAGAAUGGCGUAGUUUCCGGAUCUCGAGGUUUCAAGUGUCCUCGACAUGUAUGCUUCAUUCUUGUCUCUCAUUUAUCCUGUUCUAUACAUUAAAGUUUAGAAGCAGGACGAGUUUCUGCUAUUAACUGUGUUGCUAAUUUAAGCAAUCGAUGUGUAUUUUGUGCCUUAUUUUCUUUUAUACUCAUUCUACCUCUUCAAAAAACGUCAUUUUCAUGUUUGUCACAUGAUAAAUAUGGUUAUAUCCAAGGCAGAUAGUGAUAUCCAAUGUGGUUAUCCAAGUAGAUGUGCUUAGGUGUAUGUUAUUUUUUUAUGCGCUCUGUGUCAGAAGACUUUAUUUGAAGAAAGCUAGAGAUGUGCUAUCAAUGAAAAAUCUUAAGUUUGACCAAAGGAAUAGAGGACGUGAAUUCUUUGAUAAUUUAGAGAUGAAGAGAGAAUUGUUGAUGUCAAUGGUCAUGUUAAAAAAAAUUCGCAUCUGGAGUCAUUGCUUAAAAAAUAUGGUGAAUUAGAUAGUGGUAUUAGUCAAUGUUUCAAGGUAUUUGAAUUUAUUGGAGUCUCCAUCAUGCAUUUUACUUGGCCUUUAGAACUAAUAUGAAGUGGAUCUUUAGGUCAUAAAAAAUAUCAUAUUACAACAAGAAUGAGGUUCUGGAAUUGAGAAUUUGGGUGAAUAAUUUUACAAUUCUUUGAGAUAACUAAGGGUGAAAAUAGUAGGGCAAGGUUGGUUCGUUUUUACUCCGGUCAAGAUUCGCCUGCUCACCAAAAUUGACCAGAAUCAAGCAUGUGUGACAUUGGUGGACUAUCUCUAUUGGGUAAUAAGUGCCCAAACUUGAGAAUAUCGAUCAUUCAUGUAAAUGCACAAAAUACAUAGUUAUUAGUGGAUUGUUGCCACUGGAAAGGAGAACAAUUUGAAAAAGGACCUCACGUGAGAUGUGACUCUAUCAUUGAAAGCAUGAAUGAAAAUUAUCGAGAAAAUAUUAGCUAUAAGUCAAAUGUGGAACUGCUGUUAAGCAGUGAAAGGUUUUUACUUCUCAACCAUUUCAUUGAUUGAGAGUUGGCUUUAACUAUGAGGCUAUUGAUAGUGAAUGUUGGAUAGUGUGGACAGGUCUCUUGCUGAUUUAAUUUCUUUUCCAUUGAUAGUGAAUAGUUUUUUCAACUUCUCUUAAAGUUUUCAUCUGUUUCUUUCUCGUAUAUGACUCACAGGGUUGUAGGCAGAGUGAUCUUUCUUUCUUUUGUGUAUAGAAUGGGAGGUCCAAUGAUCUGUUUCAUAUAUAAGUUAGGUUCAGGUUUCAAUGCCUCUUCAAGAUGACGCUUGUGGGCUGAAUGUAUUAUUUGUACAACUGAUUGGGAUGGUGCCAUGUCAACUGUAUGCUUUAUUUGUACAUGGAAGAGAAACAUUUAUAUGUAAUGAAACUAUUAGAACAAAUGAUCGUUAACAUUUACACAACAGAUGCACUGCAUUUUCUCUUCACUUGAAUUCAGCCUGUUCUCUUCUUUCAUCUUUUUCAUCCUCGUCCUUUAACAGUGGCCGUGAUUGAUGUUUGGAAAGAUCAAUGAUUGAGAACAAUCAAUGUCUAAAUGCUGUAGGUAUUUAUUGAGCUUUUGAUAGCCCAUGGAAUUGUUUCCAUUUAAAAACUCCAGUGUUUGGGCAUUCGUAUGCGAUAAGAUAUUUUAAUUAGAAUCAACUCUCACAGUGUAAUAGAUUGUAAUUAGUGGAUGUUUAACUUUACCUAAAGGCUGCUGUUUCUGAAGCCCUUAUCGUCUUUAUUAAAUUUUUAACAACAUAUUUUAACUCGAACUCUGUAAAUAGGUCUUGAACACCAAGCAACAUAGGUUGUGGUGGCUCUUAAUGUCUGCUAAUAAUGUGUCUAACAAAGCUUGACUGGAAGGUUCGGUUUAUUGACGGGAUUAUGUUUUUUUACUGAUAUCUUUGUCGCAUUUAUUUUACGGUAACCAAUAAUUAGUGAGCAAACAUCCGUGCUGUUUUCUAUUGUUUGUACUUUAUAGAACGGUUAACUUGCUAGCUGCCUCUAACUUUGCUAUAUUUCACCAAAAAAUGAAUUUUUCUAGUCAGAGAAAUUUAUGUCUCGGUGUUUACUGGGGUUUUGUAGAGACUUAGCCUUCUGAUUUCAUCGAGUCUUAUUGCAUAGUUAAAUUUCAAAUAAAGCAAACCACAAUUGUGGAAUGUUAGCUGGCUUUUGUAAAGCAGUUUAUGCAUGAUACUUUUCUGCAAGCUUUUUUCGUUUAUAUUUUGAACUCGAAUACUUGUGGAUAGGCUUGCAUCAUUUGCAAACAAGUGGGAUUUUGGCAUUGCAUUCGGUGUCACAUAGCAGCACACACUCGGUGUGCUCCUUGGCCAGAUUCUGUGAUCAGCAUAAGUAAGAGCAAAUCACAAGCUCUAUGCUGGAGACAUCCUGCCGAUUGGCGACUGGAAAAGGUAAUCUUCUUCUAAUUUAAAUCAAACAAGAAAUAAUAAUAUCCUUAGAUUUUAGGUGUCUACCUCGAAAUCUUGCUCCUCAACUGAGCAUUUUCUGCACCUCCAACUUUAGUUAUUCUCCGUUGUAUAUUUACACCAAGGAACUCGUUUUGUAAGUACCUCUAAUGGUCGUUCUACUGCUGAUUAUUCUUUUCCCACCAAUGACUCAUUAUAUGUUUAUUUCUUUAUGUGGAUGUUUCUAGGUCCUUCUUUCCCUUACUCUAUCUUUCACAUCUGUGUCAUUGGUUACUAUAAGAGAGUUGUCGAAAGAAUAUAGAAUGUCUGGAUUAGGAUGCUUUUCUUCACCAUCUUUUGGUUUUUCUUGUCAUCCAUGCGACUGUGAUGGCAACCUUUUAGUACCCCCAAAAUUUAAUAAUUUUACUUUAUACAUUCUAAAGCGUUGAAUUUUUCUUCUGCCACCGUGUCAUCAAUUUUUUCUCCAAUGAAACCUCUCAUUUGGCAGCAUGUUUUGUUUUUUUCUAUUUUUUGAUUGGGAAUUUCGUCAAUUUUGUUUAAUGUAUAUGUCAUUGCUCUAGGAUAUACAGACUUCUUUCAUCAGUUGUCAGACACUCUUAGAUGCCUUCUUACUCUUACCGAAGUUCUGUAACUAUUCAGUUUUCUAUUUGAUUAUCAUUCUUCAUAUGUUGAAAGUCAAUAAUUUUAGAGUAUUACUUUUUUAGUUGUUAGGUUAACUGGGGUACUAAUCUAUCUCAUUGGAUUGCAGCAUGCAGUAUUGACGAGUGACAUUGAGGUUAGAACAUUAUCUUUUUGUAGUGGUCUGUUUUCCACAGAUCCGUGUAUCAUUUUCUAAUCUUUUGUGUUGUAUUCUUGGAUUUUUUUUCGUUGAGCAGUAUAUAGUGUCUUCUAUGUUUAACGGCCUUUUUUUUUUUAUUAGUUUGCAUAACUAUUGGCCCCAAAAAUUAGCCACUCAGAGAGCUUAUGAUUUUGCUCACUGUUGUUUGUCUUAUUACCAGGAAGCAUUUGGCCGCUUGCCUAUCCCAUAUGUUGUUGAAGAGUUUAUGGUUGACUCUAUUUUGAAGGAUUUUAUGAAGAAGGAAGAGCCAGCUCCAUAUAUACAUAUUAGGCGCAGUAUCCGAUCUCUAGAAUCAUUACGUGUUAAAAAAAUUGAUGUUUAAUGGGUUUAUAUCUUAAUGUGCUCACCCUGUUUUCUUAACUACUUAAAGAUUCUUAUCUCGUAAAAAAAAAGCGUGAUGAUGCAUAUGCUGGUGCUGGAUGCACUUGCAACAGCAAUUCCACUUGUGGUGAGGAAUGUGAAUGCAGGUACAGCAAUAUCUGUCAUUUUGAACAUGAUUGGUUUUUUUGUUCCUUUUGUUUUAACAAAGCUACCCCUUGCUUUUAUUUCUCCAUUUUUUUGUUAAACCACAUUGAAAAAUCCUGUCAAAAAUAAUCAAGAAACAUAGUAGCAAGAUUAACAGCCGCAUCCAUGGAAUCCCUGUCCGCUAGUAAGCGUUCACUGCUGUAGCUGUGCUCUCUACCAAAACCAAUUUCCUUUUCUCGGCAACAAUCGUAAUUUUCAACCAUAAAAUGCCUUUGUUCGUAAAUAAAAAAUAGUUAAUUUUAUUUCCUAUGAAUUAGUAAGUGAAUAAACUCUGAAUGUAAGUGUUUUUAAACUGGCUUUUGGCAACUUCGACAUUUUGGACACCUGGUAAUGUGGUGGACUUAUUGGAAUCAAGAAAUGACCAAAAAAAUCAGUGGCCUUUGCUGAGGACCAGCAGCAAAGAAUUGACAAUUUGGUUUUUACAGAGAAGGAUAAAGGAGUUGCAGGGGGCAAAAUUAUCCAGAAACUUUGAACAAUAUAUGCUUUCAUCAGAAGGGAUGGGAAUCUCUCAUGGAUGGGAAGUGUUGGCACCAUGGGAUUGAGUUGCCAUGUCCCGUUUAGGACAAGGGAUGGGUAACUACUGUGUAUCUUGUUUUGUAUUUUUUUUUCUUGCGCAGUUCCAUUCAGGAGGAAGACUACAGAUUUUUUUUGUUCUUUUCCAAUUUUUGGAGGUCAUUUUCGGUUGGACUGCUCUACAUCAACCUAUGGGGCGGGUUACCUAGUUGGACCAUGUUUUUCAAGGAUUGCCUUGAUAAUCAAUAUUUUUAACUUGAUUUUCCUUGUGUGUCUUUAAGAAAAAGGAUGUUUUUCUUUCAUGUUUUAGCUGUGAUACACACAAUGUUCCAAUCCUCAUGUUCACUAGAGAAUAUGACACUUUUUCUUUGUUUAUUAGAAAUCACGUCAUUUAUCGUAAUUAGUCAUGAGCUUUCGUUCGAAAAGUUUUCAAAGUUGUUUAGACAUUGCAUAUAAAUGUGUUUCAACAGAGGUCAAUCAAUCAGUUGUUCGAAAGCCUGCAACUGCUCGGAUUUGUGCACAAAUCGGCCAUUUCGGAAGGAGAAAAAGAUUAAAGUUGUUAAGGUAAGUUGUACUCUUUGAGAACGGUGAAGACUUAAAUUGUUCUUGAUGGCCUUUUUGUGGCUGCUUGGUCAUGUAGCUUCAAUCGAGACCCAUGACUUUUAACUGAAUUACCAUUCGCUCUUCCAUUGGUUUUGUCUACUUCUUCACUUUAGUUAUCUUCCUUUACUUCUAAUGAUGAGCCAAGUUCACAAACUACGAAUUCUUUAAUUUUUACCGUUGCAAUCUUUUGGCCAAUGACUGCUGGGAAUAGACAUUAUGUAGAGCUCUAAGAAUAAAUCGGAUGCCAUAUACAUGGGCAACUAAUAGUACAAACCUGCUCACAAACAACAGGUUCUUUCUGGAUAAACUUCCAUGACAGAAGAUUACUUUUAAGUCCCUACCAAAACAGCCUACUAUAAACCCAGUGUUUUCUUUUCUGUUAGCUUUUAGUUGAAAAUUACAAAACGGUAGUGAUUUCAUUAUUCCAUCACAAGUGCAUGAAUUAGAUUUGACUUGAGGCUCAUCUGUGCAACACUUUCGGAAUAUCUGAUGGGGAAUAACUUACGUUGAACUAGUGUACUAAUUCAGGGGGUUCGAGUUUUAGGUCUUAAGUAAUUCUUUUCCUUUCAAAGGUGGUGGUAGCAUAUCUUUAAGGAGGAAGAUAACGAGAUCAAAGUAUAGUCUUCUUGUUUGCUGGUUUCGAUUUUCGCUAAUUUAUUCAUAGGAAUCUUUUCUCCUUCUCGUUUGGACCGUUGUCAUCUUCCUGAUGACCGAGUUAAGAGUGAAGCUUUGCAUAAAGCUGUGGUUCAUAGUAUGAAGGAGCCUAGUGCAUGAAACUCCUAAAGACAUACAUUAUGAUUUUUCCUUUAAGCUUAUGAGAGUACAUUCAUAGAGUAGCUUUGAAAUUUGUAUGUUAUGUUGAAGGAUCAUGUAGUUUGAGUUAUUGUAAGUUUAUGUGUGUUUUGAUUGAAUGAGUCAUGUUUGACUCCUUUUCUGAAAUGCUGUUCUACCCAAGCUUCCUUUCGUGUUCUGUUACUGGAUAUUUAGAGAAAAAAUGAAUCCCCUUGCAGACUCAAUCUUGUGGGUGGGGAGUGGAGGCAUCAGAGGCUAUUAAGAAAGGAGAGUUUGUGAUUGAGUAUAUUGGAGAAGGUAGAACACCAGCUUCUGAGGUUUAUAAUUCAUUUCUCCAUGUUUCUGUUUGUUUCGUUGCUUUUAUGAAUUGCCUACAUUAAUAAAAAAAUUCUGGCGUUUUUAUUCUAAUUGAAUGGUCAUUCUUAAAGCUAUUUUCGUAUAGAUUCGGAGAUUCAAGCAAUUUUCUUGUCUUUCGUUCUAAUGUUUUGUUUUUUUCUGGUCAUAUGUUAGAUUGGAUGGAUUUGUUUCUACACCUUUAGAUGAUAUCAGUUUCCACGUUUUUUUUUGGAAUUCUGACAUUCCUUUUCAAUUAUUGCUUACUUGAGUUUUUGCGUGGUGUAGAUGCUCGGAAUCAUUUGUAUAUUCUGUUGCUACCAUUGAAACAUAUUUUUUUCUUGUUUAUAACCAGGCUGCAUAUGUUUGCUGCAAAUAUUGAGGACAAUGGGACCAUCUCUAAUUCGAACUCCCAUGGUUUGCAUGAGGCUUUAGUGGAAACUGAUAGCACUUCCGUGCAUAGAAGGAUAAACAGUGGGGAAAAAAUUUCUUCUACAAUUCAAAUCAUAGAACGAAUGCUAGUUAUAUGCAAUUUUCUUGGCCACAGAAAAAGAAAAUACCUAGGUUAAUGAAACUAACCACUAGGAAACUGCUCUCAACUAGGAAAUUGAGCAGCAAACACUAACUACUAAUUACACGUUUUUUCUCCCUCAAGCUGCUCUCAACUGGGCAUUCUAUAUUCCCAAAUUGGAUACCAUACUCUGAAAUAUUGAAACACUUAAUCCCUUGGUAAGCAAAUCACAUCUGCAUGUUGGCCAUGUGUAGACACAUAAGGUGCAUAGAUUAAUCCGCUCUCAAACUUUUCAUUGAUGAAGUAUCUGUCAAUCUCAAUAUGUUUUAUUUGUGUUGGAGUACCUGGAAUUAUUAUACCUCACGUGUCUCUCUUUAUUAUCUCAGAUGUCAUGUUUUUCCUUUUCUGAUUUCUGGUGUCUAGAACCUUCCGGGAGGGUCUGAUAUUGUUGUACUGGGUUGUGAGCAAUACUAAUUACAAACCUGUAAUCAGUUAGUCUCAUUGCCUGUGAAUAAACUUCCUAUAGAGUCUAUAUGAACUUCCUAUAAUCUCACUGCGGCAGAUGACUCGUGGCACUUAUACCCUUUUCUAAAUUGGCAAAUAGGCCACAAAGAAAAAUUUUAACGGCCUUGGAUUUAAUUUCCUCCUAUGUCGACUAUGAACUUGAACAAAUAAUACUGACCCAAAUAUCCUAGGGACAAUAUUAUUUGUGGUGCAUAGGUUUGUAUAAAAUAAUGACAAUAUUUCCAUUAGAUUCUUUAAUUCUAAGACUCUAGAAGGCUUUAGGCGCACUGUUCUAUUACAGAGAGGCCUGGGUUACCUCCAGAAGAUGACAGUUUUUUUCUUUCUGCUAUUCCGUUUUGCUGUGGUGUAUUAACACACGAUGACUCAUGCACCAUCCCUUCUUCCCUGUACCAUUCCUUUUUUUCCCAGUAGAAAUAUGUUAUAUUUUCCAUUAUGAAUGGGAAUUGGUACUUGAUAUCAUUGGAUUGCUCCCUCACCGACGUGAAAUGCUACCAGUCGUUUUGUACAUCAUACAUGCUUAUGUGUCUGCCUGUUCUGUGCGAUCCCUUCCCUGUUUCCAGUUAUCAGUGAUGCCCUGUGCGAGAAAAGGCUAUGGGACAUGAAAUACAGAGGAGAUCAAAAAUUUUAUAUGUGCGAGAUUAGGAAAGACUUCACAAUUGAUGCAACUUUUAAAGGAAAUUCUUCUCGAUUUUUGAACCACAGCUGUGAUCCUAAUUGUAAAUUGGAAAAAUGGUAUGGCAUCCUGAACUUCUGUGGUUUACACUCUUCAGCAGAUAGAUUAUGAAAAUAUCUUGCUUUUUUCUGCAACUUAACUCUCGUAGAUGCGGCGUUUUGACAGUCUUACUUUUCUUCCUUAGGCAUGUUGAUGGAGAGACCCGUGUUGGUGUCUUUGCAUCUCGAGCCAUAGAACCUCGUGAGCCACUGACGUAUGACUACAGGUACCGGUUGACUUUGCAUCGUUCCUUGGUCCUCUGGAAGCUUCUUUUUGCAUUCGUAGACUUCUCAGGGUUUUUUUUCUGUUAAGAUGUUAAGCAUCAAUUCAUUCAUACAAGGUCUAUUAUUUAUGUGUAACUUGAUUUAUUUAUUUUUAGAGCAGAAAAGAUUUUUUUGAUGGAACUGAUGUGUGAUGGCAUGUUUUUCUGGGGAUUAUCUUCUUUUACGCAUGCACAUCAUCAUCUGCAAUGGAGAUUUGGACUAUAUGGAUUAUUGCAUCCAAUAUUAUUGAAAUAUAUGGGAUGUAAAACCCUGCUAGAAAAGUGGAACAACAAAAAAAUGAUUCAAUGGAGUCAAUGAUAUUACUAUCGCUUAAAAUCAUCAUACGUCCUGAUAUCAGAAUUUGUACCACUUUAUUCUAAAUAUAAACAAUGAAUCAUUCUCUUUCCCUACCCAUUAAUCUGAUACUCUUGCUUCACGUGUUAAAUCCUUUUGUUUUCUUUUUAUACCUUUUAUUUGAGAAAUUCAGGGGUACUACUGCUGCUACUACUACUGACAAAAAUAAAAGAUGGGACUCAGCAGUGCAGAAUUAGUGCUUGUUAAAAAAAAUAAAAAUCUCUCAUUGUCAAUCGUUGCUUCAGUCUUGUAGAGCUAGGAUUUCAAUGACUCAAUGACCAGAAAGCACGGAUUGUGCCAUGGUGGGCAUGUGUGGCCAAGCUGCUUCUGGCGAUGGUUUUCAUGUAUGCUGGGCAGGUUUCGCAUGAUUUAUAUAACUGUGGGAGGCUGCUCCCUCUCUUCAUGCAUCCCAUUUCUGGGAUUCCAAAACAAUUUUAUUGCUUUGGAGUUUGUGUAUGGAGGAAUUGUGACCCAUCCUCGUGUGAUUGUUUCCUGUAGAUUUGUGCAUUUUGGGCCCAUGGUCAAAUGUCACUGUGGGGCUUCCAACUGCCGCGGCUACCUCGGGAGCAAGAAGAAGAUCAAUGAACUGAUCCACAAGCUGGAUCCCUGUUGGGGAUGCAAGAGGAAGAGGUCAUCAUUGGCCGUCGUCCGCAAGUCCACCCGUGUAGCCACUUAA